AUGUUAAAACAACUGAGCCCGCAGCUAUUUUUACAGGAGCCGGACGCUGGUUCUGUGUCUUUAACCAGAGAAAAGGAGAAGAACCUUCUGAUUUCACUCUCUAAGGUUUACAAAGAGAUUCAGGUCUGGAUUCGUGAAAUGGAGGUUGAUUCCGAUGAAGAGACCAUGGUUUCUGAAUGUUUAUCGGCGGAUGCACAUGAGCAGCAUAACUGUUUGAUGAAAGUCCUAGCUGACUUGAUUCUUCUACUUACAGUUGACAGUCAAUACGUACAACAUUCGGCGGGAAAGAUUGUUGUGGCUGUUUCUGAGCUCCUGGCUCCUUCUGUCAGUAACUGGGACUCUUUGGUUCGUUCGCUCUGGAUGUGUCUGGAAUUGAUUGUCAAACACCUGUUGUCCUGUUCUCCAAUUUCAAAUGCCAAUGAGGAUUUGCAUUUUGGAUCCUCAAGUCUAAUGUUCUUAAAUCGUUGUCUGGGAAAUGCAGACUGGUCCACUGCAUCUCAUGUAAUCCAAAUCUUGCGGAAUAUACUGAAAAAUUUGAAGGAAGAGUCUGAUGAGAAUAGGGCCAAACAGUCCACCUUUCAGUAUUUCACUCACAAAUUGCUGGUUUUUGAGAUCUGCAACAUUUUUCUGCAGAUGUUACUGCUGAGGCUUAGUUAUGGAACUCAUAUAAGUUGCACCACACUUGUCUCCUGGUUGAAACUUCUCCAUGAUUACUUUGAAGAGCUACUUUUGAAACCCAUGUCUAAGGUUAAGACUUGUCAAAAUGAUUGCCUAGAAGGCUCCCCGUUUCUGUCUAGCGUCUCUGAGGGAGAAGCACAACACAUGGGGCAUUCCCUUCAUUCUCAAAGGCAGGCCAUACUCCUAUUUCUUAGGUGCUGCUUCAGUUUGAUCAGCUCGACAGGAGAGAAUACCAAGCAACUUCUUAAAGCUCAUAACUCUCUCUCGGCUGUCAACAUGGUCUCUGACCCUGAUUUUUCUGGUAGAAGUAAAGGAUUUAUUGAGCUCUACAAAUGGUUCCAAGCCCACCUCCGAGAUAGCUUCUUAUGUGGAAAGGAAAUGCACGUGGACAAGUGUAUACUUUUUGCAAGAUCUUUUCUCCAGCUAUACUUGCAUGAGUUGCACUAUGAUCAUCAAGUGCUGCUUGAUUACCUUAUUUCCAAGGAUCUUGGAAUUAGUUGUGCAGAGUACCUAUUAAGGUUGGCAAAAUUUGAGGAACUCUGCAGCAAUCAUGAUGACUUUUUCUAG